CGCGUGGCCUACGCCCUGUGGAGGCGGAACGCCACGACCAGGUUCUCCCCGGCCAUCAACUAAUUACCUUACUAGUAGUAGUGUACUCCGUACUUCGCCCAAGCCCUCAUAUGAGCCGCAUAUCGCCGUGCCCUGCCUGGAUAUGCAGCUGCUGGUCCGACCUGAUCCUUUUCUGCGGGAUCCGAUCCGUCCCCAUAUCUCCCCUAUGUUGAAUCCUCGGGCGCUCCACGCACGCCGCCGCCGCCGCCUACUCAUUCUCUCCCGGUUGGGUUUGCAGGACGACGCCGUCCGAUCUUGCCAUGAGGCUGUCCCCAGCCCUCCUCUUCCACCCCAAGUCCCUUCUCCUCCUUGCCACCCUCUUCAUCUUCUCCGCCAUCUUCAGCACCGCCGCCGUCGCCCGCAGCGGCAUCCAGCCGGUAAUAUAUUCACAACAACAGCAGCAGCACCAGCAGCACCAGCCGCAAUCACAACCAGCGCAACAAAGACCAAUACAGGAUUCACAGAAGGAGCAUCCAUCUCAGCCUGAGCCUCGACCGAACUCCAACACGAAUGCGGACGGGGGGGCGGGCGAGGGGGUCGAACCGACCGUCCUCCCAACCAUCUCACAUCCGUCAGCACCACCACCACCAGCAGAAGCAGCAGCAUCACCGCCAUCCCAGUCCUCCCAAUCCCCCCACUCCCCACCGCCAUCUCGCCCCCACACGAACCCUUCCUCAUCCUCACCCCUCUCCUCUUCCUCCUCAGGAGAAGGAGACGGCCCGCUCCCGAACGGGGCCGAGUACAAGGGGCCCGAGUUCAAGUACUUCCAGGAGGCGGGCGGCACGUACACGCUGACGCACUACGACGCGCGCUUCUUCCGGGGGCUGGUGCCGUACGACGAGCACGCGGGCGUGCUGCGGCACCUGAUCCGGUCGUACCUGACGACGUUCGCGGCGCUGGGGCUGGAGACGUGGCUGGCGCACGGCACGCUGCUGGGCUGGUGGUGGAACGGCCGGAUCAUGCCGUGGGACUGGGACCUGGACGCGCAGGUGUCGGGCGCCACCAUGGCCGCGCUGGCCGCGCGCUUCAACGGCAGCGUCCACGAGUACGAGGUCGCGGAGGAGGAGGAGGACCUGCCGGCGGCGGCGGCGGGGGGGAAGAAGAAAUCUGCCGCCGGCGGCGGUGGUGGCAAGCGGCGCUAUCUGCUCGACGUCAACCCCUUCAGCGUCCGGGUGAGCCGCGGCACGGGGCUGAACAUGAUCGACGCCCGCUGGAUCGACACGCAGACCGGCCUGUUCGUCGACAUCACCGGCCUGGUCGAGCGGGACCCGCGCGCGCGCCCGGGCGUCGUCAGCUGCAAGAACCACCACUACUACACGCAGGAGGAGCUGUAUCCGCUGCGCGAGACCGAGUUCGAGGGCGUCGCCGCGCUGGUGCCCUGGGAGUUUGAGAACAUACUCGUCACCGAGUACGGGGCUAAGAGCCUUGUGCUGACCGAGUGGGAGGGGUGAGUGGCCUUCCCAAUUUUGUGCGGGGGGAGGUGGGAACAGGAAGAAAGGGUUGACUGACCUGACUGACUGACUUGUGACACACAG